UGCCGGUUAAAGGUUGGAUGCGAUCCGCCAACCCAAUCCGAGGAAGAUGAAGCACGUUGUUGAGACGCACGCUGCAUGACUGAAACAAAUGACCAGCUCUCUAAACAGAUUCAAGCAUGGACGCUCAAAAAGACGUGCAACCCCCCAAGCAACAGCCUAUGAUCUACAUAUGUGGGGAAUGCCACACUGAAAAUGAAAUUAAGGCUCGCGAUCCAAUCAGAUGCAGAGAGUGUGGAUACAGAAUCAUGUACAAGAAGAGAACGAAGAGAUUGGUUGUGUUUGACGCACGGUGAAGUCGACGACAACAUUGACUAGGCUCAUUUUUACUGUUCGUUUUUAGUUUUUAUUCACAGUGUAAAUAAAUCAGUAAAUAAAUAA